CUUUCUUCCUAUUGUGGCAGUCAACGUCGCCCUCUGAUGAUGAUAAUGAUAACGAUCCUGGAUAUGUUUGCCCUAAAGUUACUGGUGACAAUGAUUGACGAUGGCAUUUUCUACUAUGUAGGAUCAACGUCCGCCACUGUAGAUCGAUAUUCUCUGCUCCAUUUUAUGUCUACACAGCCAAAAAGUUCCCCGGGAUGGAAGAGUCUACUCCCCUCUCCUGCUCCUUAGCAGACCAAGGGAUAAAAAUACGCAUUCGCAAAGACAUCCGUGUUCGAAAACGACCUGUUGCAGCCUUAUUGGAUCCCCAACCAAUGUCUGGUAGGGGUAACAACGCCAACGUGUCCAAUGCGUUGGCUGCUAGUCAACAUACUUUUGGUGCUCAAGGUCAAUAUAACAGUACACCUGGCGUUACUGCCAGUCACUUCAAUGGAUCGUCGUCAGCAAUUACAUCGGCUCCGGGGCUCAAUGACAUGGGUUAUCUCACUCAUCCUCCUUCUCAGCUACAGCAGCAUACUUAUGCAUCGUUCCCGCUUCCGCAUCCACCUCAAACACCUUACCAGCAACAGUAUAAUCCCCUUGCACCUCCACCAGGGAGCAUACCUGCUAGCGGACCCUUGCAGCCGUUGCCGCCAGAAGCUCAGCCCGCAUGGCCUGGUUCCAGGAUUGUUGGAACCAGUACUACCGGUGUUAUUGAGGCUCCCAGUAGUGUUGGAGGUCGAAGGAGUGAGAGCCCGACUGGGACUAGAAGUGAUGAUGACGAUCCGAGGAGCGAUCUUGCCCGUCCUUCUGAUCCCGCCACCGUUGGGGGUGAAGACGUCCAUGAAGGGAAUGAGCUUGGAAUGAGGAUGGAUAUCGAUGAUCCGCUCCGCAAUAAUGAGAAUGCCAGUGAUAAUGAUGAGGAACUAGACGAAGGUCGGCCAAGUUCGUCCUCCGGUGGUCGUUUGACUCGUAUUGGACGAAGGCGCAGUGGUAGCACCCGAGAGAGCCCCUCGAAGGACAAAGAUAGGGAAGAAAGACGGAAAAGCAAAGAUUCGCCGAAACUUCGUUCAAAACCUUCGUCUGUAUCCAAUAUUAACUCUUCCUCCACCCGCCGGGAGCUCAAACGCGCUCGGACUGAUAGCUAUCAGCAACCCCAAUAUCACCAGCCUAUAGCUCCUGCCCCGUGGGCCCCUGCGCCUCAUCCUCCUUUUUCGACAUCGACAUCUUCCUCUAUUUCCACCUCCAAUAAUGUUUCGUCUGCCCCUGCGGCAUCUGGAUCGAAUUCGUCCAUAAUAGGAGGCUCUGGUGUCCCGACCACAGUUAUCGAUCCAUCACUCAACGGAGCUUCCAUAGGAGGUCUACCUCCAGGAGUGAGAAUUCCUCCGCCUCCAGGAGCGAUUAUUGCGCCAGGAGCACCAAACAACGUUACUGGUGGUUCACGUAGUUCAACCCCAGUUCCCUUGGGAGUGAAUUCUUCGAUCGCAAGUGUAAGUCGGAUCGCACCUCCUCCAGGAGCUACGAUUGAGUCAUCAAGCACGAGUUUGACAACGGCCGGAAAGGCCUCUGGCUCGUCUAAUGCUACUAACGCAUCCGGGUCGACUGGUAUCACUCAGAUAGACACAAAUAUUGUGGAUCCACCUGUUCAACGUUCAGGAUCGCCUGGAGGUCCAAGUGCUAGUUCUUCAUACCACCAUCAACAAUUGCCCUUCGAACAAUCGCACGCACAACCUCCUAUGUCGGGACCACCUCCACCAGCUUAUAGUGUACAAGUUCAGCCACCUCAGUUGGCACCCUUGCAUCAAGGAAAUUCAUCCCAAUAUCCUUCUCACAUAUCACAUCCCUCGCAGCAACAAACAGCGCCUCAUCAGCACCCAUUACCUCUUCCUCUUCCUCAUUCGCAUUCACUCCCCGGCCCAACUCCUUACAGUCCUUAUCGCCAGCCCCCUAUACCAUCGCAUCCACAAUACGGCUAUUCAGCUCCACCCCAUGCUACAUACAAUGCUGUACCACCACCACCACCACCUAUGGCUCCGCCCACACCUCAGGGAUAUGCAGGAUAUCCCGCUUGGGGCGUAAACUCUGGUCAGCAUCAACAGCAUCAGCAGAUCAUUCCCCAGGAGCAAUAUCAGCAGCCAAUGUCAAUGCAACAGCUACAAUAUCAACAGCCAGGGUACGGUUACCCUCUUCCCCCACAUACGCAGGUGCGACCUUACGAUUAUGGACAACCACAACCUCAAACUCAGCACAUGUACACAACUUACGUUCCUCCAUAUGGUUAUUAUGAUGCCGCGCAGCAGCAACCGGUAGGUACACCCUCUCCGAGUGCUAUUACCGCCGCACCUAUAGCUAGUGCUCCGCCUCUGCUUAGACCUGGUCAGCCUGGUCACCAAUCAACGACGCCACCAAAUGGAGCUGGUAGUGGAUACGUCGAUUAUGGAUCAAGCCCGUUCGCUUCCCAGCCGCCUGGACUUCCAAGACCUGGGAGUCCCCGUUCGUUUCAACAAGCUCAACCACAACAAUAUGGGUACCCGAGCCAUCCACCUGGCCCGCCUCAUCAUCCUCAUGCCCAAUAUUCGCAACCUCAUCCUGGUCCUCCAGCUCCGUAUCCCCCACCAUACGGAUAUAUGGCAUACGGCAAUGGAAAUGGGAACGUCAACAGCAAUGGACCAUUACCCACUACUCCUGGUUUCGGAGGAAAUAACGGGGCGCCUGGAACAGAUGUGUGGGGGGGAGGCACUGGAGUACCGCCCUCAUCUGGUGCACCUACCCCUUGGGAUGCAACACCCUCAUUGUCCGUGUAUCCUGGCUCAGCCACUGCCUCUCAGUCCCAUGUUGGCGUUCAGCCAGGAAAUUCAGGAGACCGAAUACAGCUUGCACCGAUGAGACAGCCGAACAGUGGAAGCGAACCUUCCGGGAUGUAUCCAAAUAUCAUACAGCUUCGUAGCAGCAGCCGGUCGUCUAGGGAUGAGGGUAAAGAACGGUCGGGCUCCGGGGAGGGUGUAGCGAAAAUCUCAACUACGGGAAGAGAGAGAGAGAGAGGACGAGACAAGGACAGAGAUGUUAGUCAAAGCGGGAGAGACAGGGAGCGAGAUAAAGAGAGGGAUUCCAGGGACAAUGAAAGAGGACCAAAAAAGAACCCUCUCGCUAUCGGGAAUAUUAUUGAAGGCGGACACUGAAUACGUGUUUUUUCGCGCGAUUUAUAUGCUGUGUUUUUUUUUGACUGUCUCUUGAUUGAUUUAGUUGUGAUGAACUGCUGUUAAUUUGUGUCGUCUUUCGUAUUUUUGCUGUGUACUGUUUAUAUUUAUCACUUUGUAGGUUUUCGUCUUAGAGGAGGUAAUUCACAUUUCUAUAAGUAUUCAAUAGGAAUGAAUUCCAUUUAGGUUUUACCGUACAUCCGU